CUGCCAAAUUCCACACACUAUAACCAUAACAUACACAUCUAUUGUGUAGCUAAAAUGAGAACCCCUUUUCACUCUCUUCCACUAUUAUUUUUCAGCCUCUCUCUCUUAUUGGGCCAAUGCAGGCCCGACCCAGACCCACUUCAAGACUACUGCAUUGCAGAUAACAAAAACACAUUUUUCAUCAACGGUGUCCCCUGCAUUGACCCAAAACAAGCUUCCUCCUCACACUUUGUCACAUCCUCUCUAUCCAAGCCCGGCAACACCACUAACAGUUUCGGCUUCAGCGUCACCGCGACCAACACUGUCAACCUUCCUGGGCUUAACACCUUGGGCCUGAUCCUGGCCCGUGUUGACAUAGCGGCUAAUGGGAUAGUGCCGCCUCACUCGCACCCACGGGCCUCGGAAGUCAUUACUUGCCUCAAGGGCCUGCUUCUCGUGGGCUUUACCGAUACUUCUAACCGGGCCUUUACGCAGAACUUGAACCCGGGUGAGUCGUUUGUGUUUCCAAAGGGUUUGAUACAUUACAUUUACAAUCGUGACUCUAAGCAACCGGCAUUGGCAUUGUCUGGGCUUAAUAGUCAGAACCCGGGUGCACAAAUUGCUUCUCUUGCUACUUUUGCUAGCAAGCCUGCAAUUCCUGAUGAAAUUCUCAAGAGGGCUUUUCAAAUUAGUGGUCAAGAAGUGGAGAUUAUUCGUAGAAACCUUGGUGGUUGAUUGUGCUGAUUGCUAUGAUGGAGGUUUAUUUAAUUGUGAUUAUAGAUAUACAUUUAUUAUUUCCUUUUGAUGCUGUAAUAUUUGGGAUAUUCCUAGGUGGGGGAACAUGAUGUUAGGCUGGCAUAUUUAAAAAUGAAAUGAAAGAGACAACUAAACUGUCAUACUACAAUAAUCAGGUUGAUCAAAAUCAAAUAUUCAUCACUAUUGAAGUGAAGAA